AUGGAGGACGACGUGAUAAAAGUCAUUUACCGACAUUACGCCACCCUCUAUUUUGUAUUUAUUGUCGACGAACAGGAAAGCGAACUCGGCAUUUUAGACCUGAUUCAGGUGUUUGUGGAAAGUCUUGACCGGUGCUUUGAGAACGUUUGUGAAUUGGACCUUGUAUUUGGAUGGCAGGUUCUGCAGACUGUUUUAGGAGAAAUCAUUCAGGGGGGUAUGGUCAUUGAGACUAGCAUAAAUAAGAUUGUCGCGGCUGUAGAUGACGCCAAUCGGGCGGGUGGAAACGGUAACAGUGGAGGUACUGAUGAUUCAGCGAUAUCAAAAGCAUUCUCAAACGCUACUUCCGCAUUGCAGGCCAUGACAAGAGAAGGAAGGAUAUGGCCCAGCCGAUGA